CGUUAUUACAGAGUGAAAUGAUGUGAGUCCGUGUUUGUGUGUGCGCAUAUUGGGGGUCAUGCCAACAUGGGAGGGAACGGGUAGCUCUCGAGCCCGCUCGCCCGCCCACCCGCGCGCCACUCCACUCCGGCAGCGGCGCGUGAGGCUGAUGCCAGCCAAACCGACGAGGGAGGACAAACCUGCGCGAGGCAAGAGAGACGAGACAGGAGGCGUUUGACGACACGAGCCGCCGGCUCCUUUCUGAAAAAUUUUCCUCCCACCAGGCCGGUCCGGUACCCGUCGGAGACAACCAGGACUCGGAAACCUUCGGGAAUCUCCGCCGUGCGCCCGAGAAGAUGGAUUCCCCCUCAGAUCUUUUCGAUGACUCGUCCCAGCCAGUUCGCACUUUUGCUCCCACUCUCACCUCCACAGAUCUCCCUGGAGUUCAUCCUCAGCCCAGCAUUGGUCGCUCCGCUCCUUCUUUUCGACCUCCUGGCUUCCCCCUUAUUCACCACCUCCUUCAGCCGGGAGGUCCUAGAAGAAUCCUCUCUGUGAACCGGCAGCGGGAAGACGAUGGAGUCACGGUCAGACGAGUGGACGAGGAGAUGGAUGGAAGAGAGGAGAGGCCGAUAGAGGGAGGAGAGGACAACCUGUUGCAGGUUAAGAAGAGACACGGAGCUGAGUGGAGUGAAGACGCCCUGAAGAUGAAGAGGAUGAAGCUGAGAGAUGGAGAGGUGGAGGAGAGGGAUAAGAGGCGUGAAGGAGGACGUGAGGGAAGGAGGAGAGAGAAAGAGGAGCUGAAGGAACAGCUGGAAGAGGCGAGAGAGAGACUGCAGCUCCUGCAGGAGAGAGUGUGGAAGGCCUUUGGAGAAAAGCACAGAGAAGAGGAGGAGGAGAAGAAAGCAAAGCAGAGAAACGAGAACAGCCGAGAAGGAGAUGAGGAGAUGACAGAGGAGGACGAGGAGGAUAUUACAGGAGGGAUGUACGAUGAGGAGGACAUCGGUGGACAGAUGGAAAAGGAGACCUUCUCCCUUUUAUCUGCCUCCACGUUUGAGGACUUCCACAAGCAGAGAGAGGACAGAGAGAGGAGGAUGGAGAGAGGAAGAGGAGGCAGGUUGGAGGGCGGGAUGGAGGGGAUGUGGAUGGACUGCAGGGAGCUGCUGAGAGGAGACUGGAACGUUGGGAUGGAAGAUGAGGGAGAAGAAGGAGGUCAGAAGUUUGCUCAGGCGCUGAAGCUGGAGUUGGGGAGCGCCGUGGCGCGCGUCAUCGAUCGAGUCCUGCGUCUCUACACGGAGAUGACGGACCACGCUCCUUCCUCUCCUCCUGCUAGCAUCUCCUUUCACCAACCGGAUUCUGGACUGGAUGGGGGCAGUGACGGCGGGGCGUGGGUGGGACUCCUAUCCAGAGGAAGGCAGGAGGAGGCGCCAGGCGGAAAGGGCGAUGGAGCAGGAGGACACGAUGGAGAGAAGCAGCUUCAGAAGUUGAGCCUUCCUCCUGGUCCGCCGCUUCGCUCCGAGCCGGAUCAACCAAUUCCGUUGGCCAUUCACAGGUCACCUGACACACGAAAGCCACACCCUCUUCUCGGACCGCCCCUCUCGACUCACCUCAACCCGUCUCACCCAAACCUGCCCCUGCACCACCCCUCGUUACCCCGUCCAUCCGCCCUCCCUCCGCUCAUCCCCUCGGCGCCCCAACCCAAGGACCCGUCCUCCUCCUCCUCCUUCCACACGCCUUCGUCCUCCUCCUCUUCUUCAUCCUCCUUCCCAGCUCCUCCACCUCCUCCGCCCCCGCCUCUCCCCCUGCCGUUGCUCCACUACUCCAUGCAGCAGCUCUUUUCCCGCUCUCUCCCCCACCCUCAGCUGCCCCACCUCCCUCCGUCGCGUAAGGACUACCUGAGCCCCGACUCCUUCCUGGAGUUCUCCUCUCCCCCGUCCUUCCCCCCACUCUCAUUGCUCAGCCACUUGGACCCCUUACUGGUGCGCCACGGAGGUCGAGAGAGGGAGAGGGGGGUCAGGGGGGAUGGAGGUGUGAGAGGGGGAGGAGUGGUGGACGGAGGAGAGCUCUACUUGACCGGCGGGGGGUCCCAGGAGGGAUUGUCUCCUUGUCAUCUGAAGAAGGCCAAGCUCAUGUUCUUCUACACGCGCUACCCCAGUUCCAACACGCUCAAGACCUACUUCCCUGAUGUGAAGUUUAACCGCUGCGUCACAUCGCAGAUGAUCAAGUGGUUCAGCAACUUCAGGGAGUUCUUCUACAUCCAGAUGGAGCGUUUCGCUCGCCAGGCAGUGCGUGAAGCCCUCACGCGGGAAGGUGCGUCUCGUCUGGGAAGAGACAAUCAGCUGCGAGUGGGCCGAGAGACUGAGUUGUACCGCAUACUGAACAUGCACUACAAUAAAAGUAACGUGUACCAGGUUCCGGAGCGGUUUCUGGAGGUGUCUGAAGUGGCCUUGAGAGAAUUCUACUCAGCCAUUUGGACUGGGAGGGACAGCGACCCCUGCUGGAAGAAGGGAAUCUAUAAAAUCAUCUGUAAACUGGAUAGUCCUCUUCCAGAAGCGUUCAGGAUGCCUGGUUGUCCAGUGGGCUGAUAGCUAACGGCAAAAAUAAAAAUAAAAAUGCAUGCUCAAUUAUAACUAUAGUAUGAGGUAGCCUUGUUUUACAACUCAGUAGAGGGGUAUUUAUGGAGUAAAUUUCCUUGACAUUGUGCAGACGGAGGAUGACAUUCUCAAACUGGACACACUAAGCAGUCUGAUAGGAGUCUUGUGACCGCACUUAUCGAAGACGUGCCCAUGCCACUAAAAGAGAAAAGCCGGAAUUUCUUUUUUCAAACAUUCCUGAGCAGCCAUUCGACUUGUGAAAUCACAGGUUUGAUAAAACUGGAAACAGUUUGCUGCAAAUCGUGAGCUUUUUUUUUAGAUGUGAUGUGGAAUUUUGUGGGCGUUGCCCUCUCCCCCAAACAAUAUAUAUUUAGACGAAAAAUGUUAUUAUUCCCGAGUAUUUAUUUGAACUAUUGUGCUUCAAGAAGUGACGUUUGAGUGGUUUGGAAAAAAAAUAUCCGCCUCCUGAUGGACAUUUUUUUUAUUUUAUCAGAACGUAGCUGUAAAACUGCUGGCACAAAUGGACAAUCUGUCAGAGGAGUCUAUCAUCAAAAGUUAGACCCCGAUUUGUACCUACCUGCAAGGUGAAUUUUGUCAUUCAAUGAGCUUGAAUCAAAGCACAGAAGGUUUUCGUCCCUGUAUAUUUCCCUCUUUAGGACUCUUCUGUUUCCUUUAUGAAUGAAUGAAUUCAUAAAAUCUCAUGAAGAGAAACACCAUGUUGAAAAUGUUCUGGUGUUCCUCCUAUGGUUGACAUAUUGAUUUAAAGACCCACUCUGAUGUAAAUGAUGAUUUUUGGUGUUUUUAGCAUGUUCUUGUGGCAUUUUGCUGGACAUAUAUUAGUAAAAUUAAGCCUUAUUGUUCUUUUUAAGUAUUUCUUUAUUCGAAUUGUUGUGAAUCUGGAGCAGAUGGUUUGAAAAAGAGAUAAAAUACAAGCUCCCUCUGUCACUCUUCAGAAACUAUAUCCUAAAAAACUUUUUUGUUUUUGCCUCAAAAUGGCAUAAUCAUAAUUAAAAGAUCACUUAAAUAGAUUAAAAGAUAAUCGGAGUGGGACUUUAAAUUUGAUCUGUUUUAAUGUGACUUCUUUAUAUAGAAAUCUUAUCAUCUUUCUUGAAGGUUUUCAGUAAACUGCUCUAUAUCAUGACUCUUAUCUAAGGCAAAGUCGUGUUGGAAUUUGUGACGUGAUUUUGUGUGCAUGUUUUCAAGCUUUUUGCUAAUGUUAUCAAUCCUUAUUUUACAGCCUACCUAUUGCCCUUUUUGUUUGUAGAUUUGCUCCUUGUUCAACUUUUACUGAAUGUUGGAAUUUAGCCGCCAAUUAAAGUAUUAGCAGAUUUGUGUCAUAAGA